AUGGAAAGUUCUAAAACUUUAUUCUUUGAAGAAGGUACAACCAAAGACAUUGAUCCGGAACUCUUUGAGAUCCUCCAGGAUGAGGAGGGCAGACAGAAGACAGGCAUCAACUUGAUUGCUAGUGAAAAUUAUGCAUCCCAAGCUGUCUUAGAAGUCCUCGGAACUCCUCUUCAAAACAAGUAUGCUGAAGGAUAUCCUGGAGCUAGGUAUUACAGAGGAACAGAAUUUGCUGAUAAAGUUGAAUUACUUGCACAGAAGAGAGCCCUCGAAACUUUCCACUUAGAUACUGAAAAAUGGGGUGUUAACGUACAGCCUCUCUCAGGAACUCCAGCUAACUUCGAAGUAUACACAGCCUUAAUAGGAAAAGAUGCUAAGAUUAUGGGACUGAACCUUCAAGAUGGAGGUCAUCUCUCUCAUGGAUUUGAGAACAAGGGAAAGAAGGUGUCUGCUACAUCCUACUACUUCGAAUCUAAGCCAUAUUUCAUCAACGAGGAGACAGGGCUCAUCGAUUAUGACAAGAUGGAAGAAAUUGCUGAAGAAUUCAAGCCAAAUCUUAUUAUCGCUGGAUACUCUGCUUAUUCAAGAGACCUAGACUACAAAAGAUUCAGAGACGUCUGUGACAAAGUAGGAGCCAUUCUUCUUGUAGACAUGGCUCAUUUCUGUGGACUCGUAGCUGGUAAAGUUCUCUCAGAUCCAUUUGAGUAUGCUGAUAUCGUAACUACAACUACUCACAAGAUUCUGAGAGGUCCAAGAGGAGGUAUGAUUUUCUUCAAGAGGGAAUAUGAAGAGAAGGUUAACUUCGCCGUUUUCCCUCAACAUCAAGGAGGUCCUCACAUGAACCAGGUCGCUGCUCUCUGCAUUGCUUUGAAAGAUGCCAGCAGUGAGAGAUAUCAUGAGUAUGCUAGGCAAGUUACUGCUAACGCUAAGGCAAUGGCCGAAGCCAUGCUUGAAAAAGGAUUUGAGAUCAUGACUGGAGGAACUGAAAACCACUUAAUCCUUUGGAAUGUUAAAGCCAGUGGUUUAAGCGGAUCUAAGGUUGAAGCAGUCCUUGAAAAGGUUAAUAUUUACUCUAACAAAAACUCCAUUGCUGGGGACAAGAGCCCAAUGAAUCCAGGAGGUGUCAGAGUCGGUACUCCAGCCAUGACUACCAGAGGAAUGUUGGAAGAAGAUAUGAAAACGAUAGUAGACUAUUUCCAAAAAGUUAUUGACAUCUCAACAAGAGUCCAAGAGAAAGCAGGAAAGAAGCUUAAAGACUUCUUCGCUGCACUUGAGACUGAAGAAUUUGCUACCGAAAUUCUAGCAUGCAAGGAUGAGGUUAGCGAGUUUUGAUCCAAGUUCCCAGUUCCUAAAUCUCAGUUCCAAUAAUUGAUGAAAAUUUAGCUAAUCACAAUUUCA